AUGAGCAAAGCGGACUACUCCUCUGAGAAAAUGGACAUUAGCUCCCCAAGAGACAAGUAAGUAAAAAAGACAAAACAUCCUCAUUAAUUUUAAAAAGUUAAAACAUUUCUUAUCAUGUUAAUGAGAUACACUGGAGGAAAGAACAUCAAUAAACGGUCAAAAAAAAAAUACUUUUAAGGUCAAAAUAUGGACACAAAAACAACUGACUGAUGAAAACAAAGAGCUCCUUCUGUUUAUAUUGAUUAACUAAUUCAAAACUGAUUUUACUGCAAAAUGCUACAGUCACCCUGAAGGUCAAUGUCAAAAGAAUUCACAGAAAGGGAAAAAAGAGGUUUUAUUACAACAAUUCAAUAAGUGUACGAAUAUUUCCGAAAACACAAACAUAUUUCACAUGAACACAAAAUAAAGUUGAAAAAUUGAAAAAUAUUUUUACAUUUCCUGAAUAUUUUUAUUUUCCAAAUCACAUUUUUGUUUUUAGAUUUGCUUUUUAUUUAAAACAUUUAUUUGUUUUUUUUUAAGAUGUAUUUUGUGUUUUUUGAAAUACUUUUAGGUUUAGCUAAGUGUUUUAAUGUCUUAAUGCCUUCCUCAAAUACUUGUGUUUUUGACUUUGACGGACACUAUACAAAAAACAUUGUAGACACAUCCAGACAGACCACUACAAACACAGAUACACAAAGAUACACAACAAUAAACACAGGACUCAAUGAUUCUGUGUAGUUUUCAAAAUAAAACGGUCUUGUUCUAUUCUGACAGGUCUUUUACAUAAUGAUCCUCUGUAACUAUCAAAUUAAAACUUACUUGUUUUUAUUUUGAAAGAUAUUUUGCUUCAUGGGCCUCUGUAGUUUUCAAAAUAAUAUGUACUUUUUUUUAGUAUCUUCUGAUCCUGAUGUGGUUGACAAAAUAAAAGUUUUCUUUUUUUUUUAAACAUCUUCCUGCAGGUGUCAUGGAGUCUGGUUUAUCUUCUUCAUGCUUGGUUUGGGCACGCUGCUUCCCUGGAACUUCUUCAUGACUGCUACUGUGGUAUGAAACCACUUCCUGUCUGACUGUGUGCUGAAACAGCUUUUAUUUAGAAGGACAGAAAUAUGUUUUCAGGUUAAAAUUUGGCAAUUUUGAAAUAGUGUCUCUGUCCUUUCCAAUAAAACUUUUUUACUGACAAUAAAUCAAAUGUAUUUUUAUUCGUUUAUUGAUCAGGCAUUAAUCAGGUAUUGAUCAGGUAUUGAUUGAAACAUGCUUGUGUCUCAGUACUUCACAAGCCGCCUCAGAGAUCCCUCAUUGGUGGAUCCUUUAGCCAAUGAGACAACAACAGAUGAGCCUCGCAGCGUCCUGGAGGCCAAAUUCAACAACGUGAUGACGCUGAGCGCCAUGCUGCCGCUGCUUCUCUUCACCUGCCUCAACUCCUUUCUGCACACUCUGUGAGUCCUCCAAGUACCAAUGAAGAAGAGUUCACCUCUUCCUGUUUUUUAAAAAUACAUUUGAGGUGUUUCCAGGACUCUGUCAGGGAUCCUCAGGAAACAGGUCCUGCUGUUGAAAUUUAAGAAAAUAAAAGCCCAAGUUUUAAUCAUUAAGAUUUUCUUCUGGGUGGAUAAUGAGCUUCCCUGAUUGUAGGGUCAAAGGUCAAUCUCUUUCUCCUCUUUUUCUCAGGGUGUCUCAGCAUCUGCGUGUGGCGGGCAGUCUUCUCAUCAUCAUGUCUGUCUUCAUUGUCACUGCUGUCCUGGUAAAGAUUCCUCUGGAGCCAUUGCCGUUCUUCAUUGUUACUAUGGUGAAGAUCGUCAUCAUCAACUGUGAGUCUGUCUGCCUAAUGCUGCAUUCGAGUUACUUCGGAAGUCAGAUGUCGGAGCUGAAAAUGACGUCACACCUGAGUUACCAGCAUUUCAGUUACCAAGUCGAAAAAAAGCUGAAUCGGAGGUGGAAACAAGAUGGCUACAUCUAUGAAAGUUAUUUUAGCGCUUGCCCUGUGUUUGGACAAGGCAAGUGCUAACAUAACUUUUGUAGAUGGAGCCAUCUUGUUUCAGGCUUUCGAUUUUGCUUUUUUCCGACUUGGUAACUGAAAUACUGGUAACUCGGGUGUGACGUCAUUUUCAGCUCCGACAUCUGACUUCAGAGGUAACUCGAAUGCAGCAUAAGUGUUUAUCUUUCAUUUAGGGUUUGUUUGUUUGUUUUCCAGCAUCAGCUAAAAGCUUUUGAGUUUGUUUUAGUCAUAAUUUGUUUGUAUACUUUUCUCUCAUUGCCUGUUUCAUUGUUUGUUUAUUAGUUCAUUUUAAUGAUUACUUGUUUGAUUGUUUGUUUGUUUAUUGUUGACAGCGUUUGGGGCAGUGCUUCAGGGUUCUCUGUUUGGGAUGGCUGGGACUUUGCCGGCGUCCUACACAACUCCGAUCAUGAGUGGUCAGGGACUUGCUGGGACCUUUGCGGCCUUUGCCAUGAUCUGCGCCAUCGCAAGUUAGACCAAUGAUUCAUCAAUAACUUACUGAAAAAAUCAGUAAUUUACAUUAGAUCAAAAUUUAUUGAAGAUUAAAAAAAAACACCAAAACUAAAAAAAAACACAAUGUAAAACCAUUGCAUCUUGUGUCCUUGGCUUCUUUCCUUAAUUACUUCCUUCCAUCUGUCCUUUACUCCUAGGUGGAACAGAGCUUCAGGAUGCAGCCUUCGGUUAUUUCAUCACCGCCUGCUUUGUAAUUUUUCUGUCAAUCCUCUCCUACAUCCUGCUGCCGAAACUGGUGAUUAUAACACACAGACACACUGACUCAAAAGCUGGACCCAAACACAGACCGACUUGGUGCUGGACCCAGACUCAGACUGACUCAGAACUUGGAAAUGAAUCUGAAAACAUUAAAUAAUAAACAUUCCUUCUUCUAUUUAAUUUCUUUUUUUUACAUGUUUCAGGAGUUUUACAGGUUUUAUCAGGACAAAAACAAGAAACAGACAUCAGACAAAGAAACGUCAGUCACCCUGAUGGGCAAAGGUAAAAAUAAAAUCAUUAAACUGCUCUGUGUAUUCAGAGGUUGAGAUUUUGGUCCAUCAUUGCUGUGAUUGAGUUUAAUCAGCAGGUAAAUAUUUUUAUAGUCUUUCAUUAUUCACCUUCUUCUUCCACAUCUUUAUCCUCAGAGGUUCUUGCUGAGUCGGCAGAUCAGAACAAACACCAGAGUGUCUCCAUGAUGACAAUCUUUAAAAAGGUCAGAAACACUCCUCUAAAAUAAUAAUAAAAAAAAGAAUUAUCUCAGCCCAGCAGUAACAGACUGGAUCUACCAAUCCAGAUCCACCAGUCUGGACAGGAUACAUACUCAGGGAGGGUUAGCCUCUCAGAGCAUCGUAGCAUGAAGCACUAGAAAAGCAGUUAUUUGUUUUGUUUUAUUGAAUUGACAUCACCAGGUCAUUUUCUGUAGUCUGUAGUUUUUGUACUUUUGAAGUAUUUAGAUUAGGUGGAUCCUGUCGUCUGUAUUAUGUAGUUUCUGUCAUCUAUAGUUAAUUUUAUUUCUGUUGUGGGUAGUUUUAUUGUUGCUGUAGAAUUCAUUUUUGCAGUUUUCCAAAGUUUAUCUUGCUUCAGUAUUUGUAGCUUUGUUUGUUUCUGUAGGAUGUAGUAACUUAUAGUUUUUAUUGUCUGUUGCUUUAAAGGUCCUGUGCAGCUUUUUAGUUUCUGUUGUCUGUAUUUUUGUAGAUCAUAUAUAGUCUGUAGUUUCUAUAGCUUUGUUUUAUUUUUGGAAGUUUCUGUUUUAAUAGUUGUUGGCACCAUUAGUUUUUGAUGUUUUGUAGUGUCUGUAGUUGUGUAGCUGCUGUAGUUUUUGCAGAUUUGUAGUUUUAGUAAUGUUUGUACUUCAGUUGCCUAAGUAGUCUGUAGUUAUUGCUAUUUUGUACCUUCUGUAGUCUGUAGUAACAGUAGUUGCUAAUGUUUUGAACUUAAGUAAUUUUUUAAGUUUUAGGUCUGUACUUCUUAUUUGUAGUUUUGUAGUCUUCUGUUGCCUGUAUUUUUUCCCUUUUCAGUUUGUUGUUUUUGUUUUUUCUGUAGUUUUAUCUUUGUAUUUUUGUGGUGACUUUUCUACAUUUAUAGCCAUACUUAUGUUUUUUUUAGAAAGCAGGACUCUUCUGAGUAUUUGUAUGCAUGUGGUUAAAUCUGUAUGUUACAAUAAAUAACUUUGUUGACCUUUGACCCCCAGAUCUGGCCGUUGGCUCUGUCAGUGUGUUUCACAUUCUCUGUCACUAUCGGGACAUUUCCCGCCAUCACUGCUGACACGAAGUCCACGAUCGCCAACGGAGGCUUCUGGGGUGAGUCCACGUGUCGCUUCCUGCUUCUUUUUAUUUUGUGGAGGCUUCAUGGUCAUGCAUCACCCGUCUAAGCCCUCCCUAUCUCUCUGUGUCUUACUCACACACACAAAUACUAAAAAAAAUGGAACACACUGAUCAGUCCUCACUAACCGUUCAGUUGUUGUGUUGUUAUUAUUGCGUGUGUGUGUGCUCUGUGUGAAGUCAACAUGUGAGUGUUUAUCAGCUGAUGUCAGAGGAGUUAUUGAUCAUUAACCUGCCAACUCAAACAGUUACAUAAACACCGGAUGAACACUCAGUACAGAUCAAUGUGAGGAUUUAUUGAACGUCAUAAAUUUAGAUGAUAAAUGAUGAAUCAUGAAACCUUCUCAAGGGUUUAACCUUCAAUCAAAAAUAUGAUCAUUUUAUCUCCUCUGUGUGAGUAAGCCUGAUAGAGGAUUUCAGCUGCUCAACAGUUCAGAGUCUCCUUUGUCCUGUUUUUGGUGUCAUGAGGCUCCAGAUUACUUUCAAUGGGUGACAAAUCAGGACUACAGGCAGACCAGUUCAGCAGCAGGACUCUUCUACUACAGAGCCAUGCUGUUGUAAUACCUGCAGGAUAUGAUUUGUGAUUUGUCUUGCUGAAGUAUGAAGGUCUUCACCGAAAAAGUCUUUGUCUGGAUGGCAGCAUAUGUUGCUCCUAAACCUGUAGAUAUUGUUCCGCAUUAAUGGAGCCUUUACGGAUGUGGAAACUACCCAUGACAUGGACCCUUAUGUUUUUUUUUUUAUGUUGUUUUGUUUCUGAUUGUCUCUGUUACAGAUCAGUACUUCAUCCCAGUCAGCUGCUUCCUGCUUUUUAACCUGUGUGACUGGACUGGGCGGAGCUUAACAGCUGUUUGUAUGUGGGUGAGUGGAAACAAAUGUCCUCUUAGGUCUUUGUCUCCACCUUCUUAUUAGUGAAUUCUGAUCAUAACGAUGGACAUGUUGUUUUGUGUGUUUCAGCCGCAGAGGGACAGUAUGUUACUCCAUGUGUUGAUUUUGGGUCGAAUCGUCUUUAUCCCUCUCUUCAUGCUCUGUAACGUCCAGCCUCGUCUUCAACUGCCUGUCUUCUUCCAUCACGAUGGCAUCUUCAUCGUCUUCAUGAUCCUCUUCGCCUUCAGCAAUGGAUACCUGGCCAGCCUGUGCAUGUGCUAUGGCCCCAAGUAAGCACCACACACACACACACACACACACACACACACACACACACACACACACUUAAAGGUGGGGUAGGCAGGAUCUGAGGAAGUGCCAGUUUUUGGGAGAAAUCCCUCUCUGCUCCAGCAAGCCCCGCCCACAAACAUAUGCUUCUGCUCGCUCAUAUCGUUUCAAUUAAAUACAGAUACAAUGCAGAGAAACACUUCAGAUAAAUACAAAUGGUAAAAAGCAUUGGUGCUACUGUAGAUGCCAACAGUCUACCAUCAAACACAAUGUUUGCAGGACUUCUACAACUAGCAUCAAGUGACAUAGUCCAGGACCAGAGGUAAACAGUUUAGUGGCGCUACAACACGCAGCAGGUCUCAUUUGACAAGAAACACUUCUGUUACAGACACUUGGCUUACUUUGUUAAAGUGGUUUACCUGUCCAGCACAAAGGUUACAGGGUUAGUAAGAUCCCGAAGCGUCCCCCAAAUGCUGCAUUGAUGUUGACCCGGCUUUUUUAGCUCUUGUCUGUUCUACCUCCUUUUUAAGCGCUCGUUAUUCCGCCAGAGUCUCCAGUAUUUAUUUGGUUUUCUUGUUUGUGUUGGCAGUCGUGGCCAAAGGACGAUUCAGAAAAAUUUCUGUACUUUCUGGUUGGUUUCUACAGUCUGAUAUUGUAGCACGCUAACUUUGUUUGGGCUCGUGAAUGUUAUUCAAGGAUGCGGAGCAUGCCUAACAACCAAUCAGCACUAAGGAGCAGUGUCCCCCUUACAACCAAUCAGGUUGGGGAAGGCGGAGAAUGGCUUCGUUUACAGUCUGAAAGAGCGGGCCGCUCAAAAAAUUUACAUGUUGACUACACAGACAUAACAGAACACAGCGAUAUUGUUAUAUUACCAAAUGUCAUCAAUAACUAAUAGCUAUUGACUGAUAUUAAAAGCUUUUUUGCAUAUACACCACAAAAAAAUUGCUUUUUAAUGGAUUCCUGCCUACCCCACCUUUGAGGUACACCAAACACACACCUAUUUAUAUCUGAUUAGUUCUCAUUCAGAUUAAAAAUGCAAAACACAAGUAACUGGGAGUAACUGGUCAGUUAUUCAUAAGUAACUGGUUUCAUCAGUAAGCACACCCACGGGUUAGUUAGGGAACAGUUUCAAGCUAGAAAGGGGUUAGAAAUGCAUGAGUCACUUGUUCAUUCAGGCGGUGGUGAGUCAUGUGCUUGUCACAUGAAGUUAUGCACAGGUCUUUGGUAAGUCACAUAAGUCACUGGUUAGGUACGCUUUAGUCAGUUAUGAGUUUUGCUGGAGUCAAUGGUCAGUUAUGCAUCAGAUUCUGACCAGUUAAGAAUUAGUUGCUGGUUGUUGAUUCAUUAGUCUUUAGGUAGUUCAGCAUUUACCAAUGGUCAUUUGUGUGUUUGUUACCUGUCAUUAUACACAAGUCUUUGGUAAGUCACAUGGGCCACUAGUGAGUACUGGGUCAGUCAUUGAAAAACUGAAAGUCUCUGGUUAGUUUUCUGCAUGGCAUUGGUCAGACACUGGAUAUUUCAAUGUAAACGCCCUGUCAGGCACUAGUUACUUGUUAGAAAUGUAUGAAUCAGCGGGUUAGUUACUAGUUCAUGUCUGGUUAGUCAUGGUUUUCUUUCUUGGUAGUUAUGUGUUUCCUGUUGGUGAGUUAUGCCUUAGUUACUGGUCAGUUGUGCAUAAGUCAUUAGUUAGUUUAACCUUAAUUCCUGGUCAUUUAUGUAUUUGUUACUGGUUAUGCCUCAGACAGUGGUUGGUCAUUGUCAAAAUGCAGAAGAUUCUAAGUUAAAAUGAACACCCUUUAUUUUAAAACACUGAACAGCUGAUCACCAUCAGUUAGAAAUGUAAAUAAACUUCACCUGAAGGAUUUUCUCCCACAGGAACGUCCUCCCACACGAAGCAGAAACAGCCGGAGCCAUCAUGGCCUUCUUCCUGUCUCUGGGUUUGGCUGUAGGAGCUGCUUCAUCCUUCAUCUUCAGAGCACUGGUUUAA